GGGACCUAGGGCGCACGUUACGUAAGCACGUGCGAACGCUAGGGCAGGGUCUCCCGAGUCGAAGGUGGGCUCUUCCCGCGCGUGUUGGCGGUUGAGAGAUUCGUCGGUGGGUUGUAGACUUGUGACCUCAUGGCGGAGAUAAUUCAGGAACGCGUAGAAGAUCGACUCCCCGAAUUGGAACAGCUGGCGCGCAUUGGACUGUUCAGUCAUGCGGAGAUUAAGGCUAUCAUUAAAAAGGCUUCGGAUCUGGAAUAUAGAAUACAGCGAAGAGCUCUUCUUAAGGAAGACUUUAUCAGUUAUGUUCAAUAUGAAAUUAAUCUUUUGGAGUUGAUUCAGAGAAGGAGAACUCGCAUCGGCUAUUCAUUUAAGAAGGAUGAGAUUGAGAAUUCCAUUGUACACCGGGUACAAGGUGUCUUCCGACGAGCUUCAGCAAAAUGGAAAGAUGAUGUUCAACUUUGGCUAUCCUAUAUAGUCUUUUGUAAGAAAUGGGCUACCAAAGCUCAACUUAGCAAGGUAUUUUCUGCCAUGUUGGCCAUUCAUUCAAACAAACCAGCUUUGUGGAUUAUGGCAGCCAAAUGGGAAAUGGAAGAUCGCUUGUCUUCAGAAAGUGCAAGACAGCUGUUUCUUCGAGCUCUGCGCUUUCAUCCAGAGUGCCCAAAACUUUAUCAAGAAUACUUUAGGAUGGAGUUGAUGCAUGCUGAGAAACUGAGGAAAGAAAAACAAGAAUUUGAAAAAGCCAAAAUGGAUGUGGGGAAUCUUGAUUAUCCUGAAGAAAUCCUUAAGGGCGAGUUGGCACGUAUCAUCUACAAAAAUUCUGUUAGCAUAAUGAAAGGUGCAGAAUUUCAUGUGUCACUGCUUUCAAUUGCACAGCUAUUCGACUUUGCCACAGAUUUGCAAAAAGAAAUUUAUGAUGAGCUUCAGGCUCUGCACACAGAUGACCCUCUUACUUGGGAUUACGUGGCACGGCGAGAAUUAGCGAUGGAGACGCAGCCAGCCGGAGAGCAGCCUGCCACGAAACAAGCCAGAGCAGUGGAGGUGGCCCGGCAGGAGGAGAGGUGCUGUGCUGUGUAUGAAGAGGCAGUAAAGACUCUCCCCACAGAGACCAUGUGGAAGUGUUACAUCAACUUCUGCUUGGAAAGGUUCACUAAGAAGACCAGCAGUCAGUUCCUCAGAGAGAGGAGGCUGGAAAGAACCAUGAUGGCAUUCAGGAAGGCACAUGAACUCAGACUUCUACCAGAAUUCCAGUACAAGCAGUGGAUUGACUUGUUGCUGCAUCAGGACUUCUUAAAGGAAGCUCUGGAGGUAGCAGUAGCCGGGACUGAAUCGUUUAGAGACUCUGUGAUGAUGUGGCAGAUGAAGCUGCAGGUGCUGAUUGCCUCUAAGAGCCCUGACGUAGCCGGGCUUUUUGAAGAAGCUUUUGUGCAUCUGAAAGCCCAGGUCUGUCUGCCAUUGUGGAUUUCUUGGGCAGAGUGGAGUGAAGGUGCCAAAAGCCAAGAAGACACGGAAGCCAUUUUUAAGAAAGCUCUCUUAGCUGUCAGAGGUGCUGACUCAGUCACUCUGAAGGAUAAGUACUUGGAUUGGGCUUACCGAAGCGGUGGCUACAAAAAGGCCAGAGCUGUGUUUAAAAGUUUACAGGAAAGCCGUCCAUUUUCAGUUGAUUUUUUCAGGAAAAUAAUCCAGUUUGAAAAGGAGCAAGAAUCCUGCAAGAUGGCGAACUUAAGAGAAUAUUAUGAGAGGGCUUUGAGAGAGUUUGGAUCUAUAGAUUCUGGUCUUUGGAUGGAUUACAUCAAAGAAGAAUUGAACCACCCACUUGGUAGACCUGAGAACUGCGGACAGAUCUAUUGGCGAGCCAUGAAAAUGUUACAGGGAGAGUCAGCAGAGGCUUUUGUAGCUAAACAUGUGAUGCAUCAAGCUGGCCGUUUGUGAGAAGAGGAAAAACAGCCAAUUUUGUGAAAUAGUGUUAUAAGCCCUCUGGCCAGCUUUGUAUUGUGAGUUCAUCUGCAGUUUGCUAAGAGAUGGCAGACAAGAUGGCGGUCUGAUUUUGGGACGUGCUUUAAUUUUGUUAAUGCGUUAAUCUUUAGUUCCAGAAAAGAGAAUUGCUAUUUAGUGGCCCAGAGGCUACUUGUUAACGCCGGACUUACUGUAGGUCCUAAAUGUUUUCCAAAAUAUAUAGAAAUCAUAAACUUGAGUUUCUUUUGUUACCCCUGGUCAAGAAUGAGUAUCUCUAAUCGGGACCUAGGGGGCCAGUGAAAGUGGAGGAGAAAGUACAAUUCCAUUUUUUCUUCUCUUCUUAUUAAAAAAGUAUACAUGGUGUGCAUUUGUUGUAGGAAAUAUGGAGUGAGCAGAAUAAUGUGGGGAAGAAAAUAAAAGCAUCCCAUAACCUCCUCGUCUGGAGUUAAACUUAUUUCCUUUAUGAGAAUUAGAUUUAUACUAUUAGAUCAUUUACUCAUUCAUUCAUUAAGUGUUCAUUAUUAGCAGGAA